GUAGCAGAGCUAAUGCUUUAGAACCCAACAAUUUUCCACAAUCCUAUUGAUAAAAUUUGGAGCUAACCAAAUUUGACGAAGAAGGGGCCCCAUUUUGCAUCGUGCUCCACUUUUUAGCAGCACUCCAUGCAGCCAAUUUUUAAUGCUGAAGGCGCCAUGGUCGACAUAUAAACAAAACAAUUAUGAUUCCAUAAAUGGCUUCGUCUAAUCGCCCAAUUACUCGACUCCCUUUUGGCAAGAUUCUCUUUUUCGGAACCCAUUUUGCUGAGACUCGGUAAAAGAUUCUUCUUUUUUUUUUUUUAAUUGAUUGUGAGAUGAAAAGUAGGGAGGGGAGAUCUUUGGCAGGGACGCCCACCUGGGCUGUUGCCACUGUUAUCUCCCUUUUGGUUGCCAUUGGCUUCUUGCUCCAUGGAGGCUUGAAGAAGUUUGGGAAGUGGUUGGAUAGGACUAAAAGGAAGCAUCUUCUUGCUGCCUUGGAUAAAAUCAAAGAAGAGUUAAUGGUAUUUGGGCUCCUGUCAUUGUUGAUGGGUCAUUGGAUUGCCUUUGUGGCCAAAAUUUGUGUGAAGCCGUCGGCAUUGAUGAGCAGCCGGUUCUAUCCAUGUUCUCCCACUAAAGUUGCCGAACAACAAGCUCUUGCUAGACAUGCGGUUGUUUUUAGGACUGAUCAUUUUAAUUCCUCAAUUUCACGGUUGUUGGAAGGCCAAAAUCACAAUUAUUGCCCCGAGGAUCGUGAACCAUUUGCUUCACACGAGAGCCUUGAGCAGCUCCAUCGGUUCUUGUUUGUUUUGGGUGUUACCCAUGUCUCAUAUAGUUUCUUAGCCAUUGCACUAGCCAUGAUCAAGAUCUAUAGCUGGAGAACAUGGGAAAAUAAUGCCAAGACAUUGGCUCUUCGAGGCCUGCUAACUGCGGAUACGUCUGCUGCAGAUUCUCAAGACGCCGGAACAGAUGGUGUGCCAAUAAGGCGCCUAUCGAGUUUCGUUGCUCAUCAUACAUCCCAUCCUUGGAGUCAGAACAGACUUCUUGUUUGGCUGCUUUGUUUCAGCCGCCAGUUUUGGAGUUCUAUAAGCCAAGCUGACUAUAUGGCACUACGACUAGGCUUCAUUACUACCCAUCAAUUACCUUUCACUUAUGAUUUCCACAAUUACAUGCUUCGGAGCAUGGAGGAAGAGUUCCGAGAUAUUGUUGGCAUUAGUAUCCCGCUAUGGGUUUUCGCUAUUACCUGCAUUGUUCUAGGAUUUCAUGGAACAAAUAUAUACUUCUGGCUCUCUUUCCUUCCCACCGUUUUGAUCCUUCUACUCGGUACAAAGCUACACCGCAUAGUUGUCAAGCUGGCCGUUGAAAUCAUGGAGUCAAGUCAGUGGACAGAAGUCCGCACGUUCAAUCUGAGGGAUGAGCUCUUCUGGUUUGGCAACCCCAGGCUGCUUCUCCGGUUGAUACAAUUCGUAUCAUUUCAGAAUGCAUUCGAAAUGACAACGUAUAUAUGGUCACUAUGGGAGAUAAAGGCAUCGUCGUGCUACACUGAAGACCGCACUUUCCUGGUGAUUCGCUUGACAUUCGGGGUGAUCUCGCAGUUCUGGUGCAGCUUCAUCACUUUCCCUCUCUAUGUCAUUAUAGCCCAGAUGGGGUCAAAGUUCAAGAGGACCAUAGUGUCCGAGAAUGUGAGGAAAUCGCUGCAUGGAUGGCGGAGAAAGGUGAGGACUAGACACGGACCGAGUCCUACCCUGCCGUCCUUGGAGGAGGGGAAGGACACGGGCAACUCUACUGGAGAAGUAGAAGGGAGCUCAAGCAUGGCGGGACGUAGCUUGGCUUCUGAUGAGAAUGGCUCCUUGCCUACGUCAAACGAGGAGCUUCGGGAUCUGGUUCGUUCGGAUCCGGAGGUAUGAUAGCUGGUGGUGGUCCAGUAACAGAUGACCAUCGCUUCCUGAAGGUGUAUGUUUUGUGGUUUUGUAUAGAAUGUUGUUACUUGUAUUGUAGCAGCAAUAGAUGUCAUUUAGUUAGCGGAUAUUGGCUCACAAAGGUUCUUGCCAAUUGCAUUUUAUCUAUUUAUUGGUAUGUUACAAAAUUGGGAGUAAUACUUCCUCAAAAUAUUAAAUAUGAGCCGGCCUAAGAAUUAGUAUUAAUACAUACUUGAUACUCC